CAUUGUCAAUCAAACCACGAAAAAUUCAUUACAAGCUUAUCAUCUAUCUAAUCUUCGAAGAUGUAUCUUCCACUCUUCGUCGUCCUCACCCUCUUUGUUUCUCUUUACUCUGCUAACGCAGGAGACUACUGCGUUGCAGAUUUGAACCUCCCUGACGGACCUGCAGGCUACUCGUGCAAGAAGCCAUCCAAGGUCACCGUCGAUGACUUUGUUUACCAUGGUCUAGCCGCUGCAGGCAACACUUCCAAUCUCAUCAAAGCCGCUGUUACACCAGCAUUUGCUGCUCAGUUUCCUGGUGUAAAUGGCCUUGGACUCUCCAUUGCUCGCUUAGACAUUGCUGCUGGUGGUGUUAUCCCAAUGCACACUCACCCUGGGGGUUCCGAAAUCCUCGCUGUCAUCCAAGGCCAGAUUUGUGCUGGCUUUAUUGACUCAGCAAACGACGUCUACUUCAAGACACUUAACAAGGGUGAUGUAAUGGUUUUCCCACAAGGCCUACUUCAUUUCCAAAUCAACGCCGGGAAAUCAACAGCUAUCGCCUUUGUUAGCUUCAGCAGCCCGAGUCCAGGACUUCAGAUUACAGAUUACGCUUUCUUUGCUAACGGUCUGCCAACUGAUCUUAUUGCAACAACUACAUUCCUUCCUAAAGAUGUCAUUAAGAAGCUCAAGGGUGUUCUUGGUGGUACCAACUAAUGGCUUAACUAAUUAGUAAGCCAUGCUCAGAAUUUAUUCUGUCAUUUUAUAUUUCUAGCAAUUGAACAAAAGGGAAAAUGCCCAAAAAAAAAAAAAAAAAAAAAAUGUCCCCUAAUAAAAUUGUAUUGUUAGUUCAUUUUUUGUAUGGUUGUGUUAAUGUAUUCAAUGUAUUGCAUGGUUUUUUCUUGUAUUUCCUUUCGGAAUUAAAUUUGUUGUCAAUAUAAUUUUUUUUUUCCA